AGUACUAGAUGUUACUAUGGAGGAUGCUCGUCGUUUUGUGGUGUGCCGAACAGAGAGAGAGAUCUGCUGUACUAGAGGUUGUGAUGUGCCUGGUAGCUCAGCAUACAUGAAGAAAAGUUCUUGCUCACUCAUUCCCGCUUUGGUUCACAUUAAAUUUCGGGAAAAUGAAUAUCCGAUCGUUCGAUCAGUCGCCUCCGACGCGGCCGCCGGUUGCAGCUCCCGGGAGCUCGCUCAGUGUGCGGCAGAGAGCAGGGAACGCUGCAGUAGUUUCAGGUGGUGAAAUGGGUGGGAACUCGAACAACGCACACACAUCUGUAGGAGGCGAUGGUCUGUCAACUGCACUAGGCGGUCCCGCCUCUUCAGGCGGGGUUGGAAUGCUUGCGGGUGGAGGAAGCAGUAGAGGCACGGCUAGGCCGAGAACUAAGAGAGAACCCAGUGCAAAAGGACAAGCACCGCCAGGUGGGAGUAAGAACGUCCGGAAAUCUUGGUAUAUGAUGGCGGAGGACGAGCCCUUGACUGGGUGGCAGCUCUCCUCAGUUCCAGCAUCAACUUACUUCGCAGAGAGACUCGCGGACAACGAAUUACUCGAGUAGCAUGCUUUUUUUUGCGUACUCCUGGUUUCCUCUCUACUGUCUCUGAAGGCGGUUGUUGUACUUUUUAGGGUGAUCGACCACGACCAGCGUACGUGCAGCGAUGGUGAUCUUCAUCCGCAACUAAAAGAAGAAUCCUUCUCCAUUAUUUUCACCCAGUUACGUCAAUCGAUCAUGUGCGACGCAAUUUGCCAUCAACUCCGCGUUCGUACCAAAUACGCGAUUGCCGACGCAGUACAACAAUUACGUUAAAGGUCACGCCAGCGCGGCAGCUGCACUGAAAGCUGUGGAGAAGACUCAGCAGGGCACAGUUGCACCCAUCAAAAAGACCAUAUCUGUAACUCGAAAUACGGGUAGUAAGUAGCAAAGGUGUAGUUGCAGAUGCAGUACAACUAUAAUCAAGGUGCAUGUACUAAGUUUUUCAUCUUCAGUGACUGGGAAAGAUGAAGUCAACCUGAAUAUACUGGCUUUGACAACUAGUAGUUGUUCUUGUUUUCGGGUGCUACACGAGGAGGACGUCCGCCACGCGACCUCCUUGCAUUGAUAUUAACCUGUCAGUCCAACUCCAAGACGUAAUAAAAACAGAAAGAUGCGUGGAUAGAAGAAAAUUGAUGUAAUAAAAGAGUGUUUAUUAGUGUUGCUCCCCUCCAGUCGAUUAUUCCAGGCAUAGUCAAUGAAACAUCAAACUAAAUAAUGGGUCUUCAUAGUUUCCGCAAGCAUUUUUGAUUGUCGCGCUCCUGGAAAUGACGAUGCAGAUCAACACCACCAGCACAGAUGGCAGUGGAAGAGGUAGGCGCAAGCAAUGUGACAUGAGAGAAGGUCAGACGCAAUCGAGACGAAUCAUG